AUGUCAACUGCCUGGGUUACAUUAGCUACUAACGAUGACUAUGCUCGCGGAGCAUUAGUCUUGGCUCACUCCCUUAAGAACAGUGGUACCACCCACAAGUUACAUUGCUUGGUAUCUACAGCUGUUUCUGGAUACGUUAGAGCCGAGUUAGAAACUCAAUUCGAUGCUGUUACUGUUGUUGAUGUUUUGAAUAGCAAUGAUCAAGUGAAUCUCACACUCAUUGGUAGACCAGAUCUCGGUGUAACAUUCACGAAAUUGCACUGCUGGAAAUUGACGCAGUACAGCAAAUGUGUUUUCUUAGAUGCUGACACAUUGGUCCUUCACAAUAGUGAUGAGCUCUUCGAUCAUCCAGAGAUCUCAGCUGUUGCCGACAUCGGAUGGCCAGACUGUUUCAAUUCUGGAGUUUUUGUUUUUGUUCCUAGCAACACUACUUACCAAAAUCUUGUUGACUUAGCCCUUUCUUCGGGAUCCUACGAUGGAGGUGAUCAAGGAUUACUCAAUCAAUACUUCUCCAACUGGCGUGAUCUUCCUGCUGCCCACCGUUUGCCAUUCGUUUACAAUAUGACUUCUGGAGUUUUCUAUUCUUACCCAGCUGCCUACAAACAAUACGGAAAACAAACCAAAAUCGUUCAUUUCAUUGGAGCCAGGAAACCAUGGCACGGAGCUGAAUCUUCUCAUCAGAACGAGCAUUUAGGCCAAUGGAAUGCUAUUUACAGAAGCAAGGUAGAACCAACUAUUCAAUCCCAGUUUGGUAACUCAGCGUGUUUUACUGACUCGAGUGCAGCUUCUAAUGUUUCGCAGACUCAGGGAACCUCUGUAUCCGAGACUGAACGUCUGAGAGCCUGGGAAGCUGGACAGCCUGAUUAUCUCGGCCGUGACGCCUUCAAGCACAUCAAGGAAGCCCUGGAUAAGGCUUUGGAAUAA